AUGAAGCUCACUGCGUCCCUCGCACUUUUGGCCCAGGCCUUGGCGGCCCUGGGCGCUGACACCAACUCGUGGAAGUCUCGCACCAUUUACUUUGCUCUGACGGACCGUGUUGCCCGCAACGAGAACGAUAAUGGCGGCGGCAGCUGUGGCAACUUGGGCAACUACUGCGGUGGUACCUUUAAAGGUCUGCAGGGCAAACUGGACUACAUCAAAGGCAUGGGCUUUGAUGCCAUUUGGAUCACUCCGGUCAUUGAGAAUUCCGAUCGGGGCUAUCAUGGAUAUUGGGCCAAGGACUUGUAUUCCAUCAACGGCCACUACGGCUCUUCAGACGAGCUCAAGAGUCUUGUCAACACUGCACACAGCAAGGGAAUUUACAUAAUGGUCGACGUCGUCGCCAACCACGUCGGCAAUGGUCCUCUCAGCGAGAAAAAGCCUGCGCUUCUCAGCCAGAGUUCCUCCUACCACCCAGCAUGCAGCAUCAACUACAGCGACCAGCACAGCGUCGAAACCUGCCGUGUCGCCAACGACCUCCCGGACCUCAACACCACGGAUCCCAAGAUUCGCAGUCUGUACAUUGACUGGAUCAAGUGGCUCAUGAGCACCUACAAGUUUGACGGCGUCCGCAUCGACACCGUGAAGCACGUGGAGAAGGACUUUUGGCCCGAUUUCGCCUGGGCCUCGGGCUCCUACACCAUCGGCGAGGUCUUUGACGGCGACCCCAACUACGUCGCCGGGUACUCUAAGCUCAUGGGCGGCCUGCUCAACUACCCCGUCUACUUUCACCUGAACCGCUUCUUCCAGCAGCAAAACUCGUCGCAGGCGCUCGUCGACAUGCACAACAAGAUUGGGUCGCUCGUGCCCGACGCCACCACGCUCGGCAACUUUCUCGACAACCACGACAACGCGCGCUUCCUCAACCAGAAGAAGGACGUCUCGCUCUUCAAGAACGCGCUCACCUACGUCAUGCUCGCGCGUGGCAUCCCCAUUGUCUACUACGGCUCCGAGCAGGCCUACGCCGGCGGCGGCGACCCCGGCAAUCGCGAGGACCUCUGGCGCAGCGGCUUCAAGACCGACAGCGACAUGUACAAGUUCCUGCAGGCGCUGGGCGGCGUGCGCAAGUCCCACGGCGGGCUGCCCGACAACGACCACGUGCAUCUCUUUGUCGAGAGCGACGCGUAUGCGUGGAGCCGCCAGAACGGAGCCGUCAUGGCGCUCACGAGCAAUAUUGGCAAGGGCCAGCAGCGUCAGUUCUGCUGGAAUACACAGAAGAAUAACAAGACGUGGAGGGGCAUCUUUGACGGAAAGACAUACACCUCGGGCGGCGAUGGCAGGAUGUGCGCGACCGUGAACAAUGGCGAGCCCGUGGUCUUUGUUGCACAGUAA